AUGGUUAAGGAUGGAAGGUAUGUAGAUUAUUCAUGGGGAAAAGAAGCUUUUAACGAGUUGAUUAGAAAAAUCAGCAAGAAGUAUUCUGCCACAACACAGUAUUAUAGGAUUCAUGGGAUGCCAUUGGCUAUGCAAGUUUGGCUUUAUGAGUGUUGUUCAAGAGUUCCAUCGUAUCUCGCUAUUAAAUCCGGAAAUUUCAUUCCAAGAAUGUUGAAUUGGAGGUCCAUCGACAGUCAGCCAAAAUAUAAUAUUUUGAUGGAAGGCAUUUUUAGAGACGGUAAACAGUCAAGCUGUACAUUUGCAAAUACAAUCCCCACUAGCAGUGAGUUGGAGAGCCUCCAAUUGCCCGAUGUUGUUGUCUGUCGAGAUACAGUAGACAAAAAUGUCUUAGUUGAUGCCAGUGAAGGUACCCAAGUCACAGAUAUGCCAGUGGAUGACUUUGAUGAUUUCAGUACUACUCCCCCCACCUUUCUAAGGACAACCGUGAAGAAGAGUCACAAGGAUCAAAAGGUUGCUCAAAAGCCUAUUUUACAGAAGUCUGCUUCACCAAAGUUGAAUGAACAAAUGAAUAGACCCCAAAACAUCACAGUCCUACGUGAUGUCCCUACUAUAUCCAUGAAAGAGGAAAUGCAAUUGCUAAGGAAAGAUUUUCAAGUUUUCAAGGAAUCAGUCGUUGGUGAGUUCACAAGUGAGUUGUCAAAGCUUCGAACUUUCAUGGAUGACAACUUCAAGAAGCUAUUUGAAGCAAUCAAGGUGAACAAUUCUGCGGACAAGGCUACCGAUAGUGAGGCGCCGGAGCAUCAAACUGAUGCUGGGCUACAGUUAACGCCUGAAGAAAACUUACGUCAUGUUUCUACCAUUCAAACAUCUCCUCCCAAACAUGAUGAUGAGUCAAUUAAGGGUGUUGGACCAAAGUUACAUGAGGAAGUUCCGGAAAUUGUAGUGACCGCCGAAAAUUUAAGAGCAGAUACACGUAAAGCUUCAUCUGAAGAGAUUAAUCGGGCGGACGAAGGAUCUUUCAACUCAACAGAGGGAAUGGUCGCAGAGAUGCUCAUUGAGUUGCCUCUAGAAACUCGUGUACCAGAAGCAGGUGCGGGAAUACAAUCCGGGGACAUCACUGAUCAUUCAAUUUUAGAGACUCCACACAGGUUCGAUGAGAACAUUUCUAAGUCACAAUGGUUGAUCCCUGACGAAAUGUUACCAAGCCAAAUAGGUUCGUCAGGAUUAUCUGUGUUUCAUCAAACGGGUCACAAAGGAUUUGUUAUGCCAGUAAUGUCUGCUGAUAAAGGAAUACAACAGCCAGUGAUUAAUGCGGAAGUUGUAAUUGCUCAACCAGAUGUUAUUCCAACUAGGAUAGUCAAACCUAGUAAAUACUUCAGUUCACCUUACAUGACCAAUUACGGCUCUGCAGAAGCUUCUGUUAAAGACCCCACACCUUCCAUAUUUGAAAAGAAGCAUCCAUUUGAUGAAGAUCCAAUUAAUGGCCCGCAAAAUACUUCGCUUAUUCAACAAUACUGGAAUUGGCUUGAACAGGAUCUACUUCUAAGGCAUGAUAAAAAAAAGGGUAAGGAAAGCCGUUACAAAAAGAAUAAGCAAGCUUUGGAUCCAGAUGACAUCAAUUUUGGCUUCAAUUUUGGUGUGUUACAUGUUGAUGACAAAAACUGGUUCUAUCUCUUAUCGAUGAAUGGCCAGUCUUGGAAUGAUGAGCAUAUUGAUGUCAUUUUUUACUACUUGCGGAAGAAAGGCAAGUACGACAUGGAUGACAGAUUCAAAUUCACAACUGUUGACUGUAUGUUCUUCUCCAAAAUUGAUGAAAUUCAUCGUGCAUAUGCUAAUCCGAAGGGGACCAGUAGUGUUGCCAGUUCGGAGAACGAAAUAUGCGAGUACAUUAACGGGCAUAGGAUGCUGGCUAAUGUGCCAUGGCAUACACGUCUGUACAUCUACAACUCAUACCGAGCUGCUGGUCAUGAUGCUGUUGUUACAAGAGAAAUACACAAGAUAGCUACCCUAUUGCCACAUCAUCUACAUUUGUCUGGAUUUUAUGAGAAAAAAAAAGGCAUUGAUUGGAUUAACCACCCAUCAUACAAGGGCAAACAACAGACUGAUGACUUUCAUGUCAUGUAUGUGAACGACUUGCCACAACAAGCCUCUGGCAGCAUGGAUUGUGGUGUGUAUGUUGCCGCAUUUGCUGAAUACUUUUGUUCUGGACGAGGCGUUCCAUCUGAAAUUGAUGCAGAAACACUACGGAUUGUGGUGUGUAUGUUGCCGCAUUUUGCUGAAUGCUUUUGUUCUGGACGAGGCGUUCCAUCUGAAAUUGAUGCAGAAACACUACGUAAUAGAUACGGGGCAUUACUAUGGGAAUACGGAUGGCAAAGGCCGAUUUGA